AUGAUGGAUGUACUUUCUUUCCUUUCUUUUCUUUUUUCCGGAAAAAGAAAAGCGUUGGAGGGGUCGGGGUUUGCCUUGUGGCAUAUUGAGGCGGCAACCUUCAAUCAAGCCUUCUUCCAAUCUGCUGGUCAAAAGCUUGGAACUCUUCUCCACCUUCAGAUUGCGAAGCUUUAUAGAGGGUUUCUUCAAAUUUGGAAGGAUCUCGGGACGAUGGGGAGCAACCUUGAUAAGAAGAAAUUUGAUCAAGGUCACGAGCAAGAACAAGUCAGAGAGAACGACAAAAGAGAUCAUUACAGUAUUGACAUUGGGAAUGAUACACGUGAGCACACGAUGGAUGACUCAAAUAAAGCGAUCUACGUUGAAAAAGGCGUAGAUGUGUCUUUUGGAAUCGAAAAUGUCUCCUCUAGAUACGCAUCUGAGACCAGGUCAUGCUCGCCAGCUUUAUCGGAUGCCUCCUCGUGUACUCUGAGAGAAAGCCCACCGGAGCCAGAAACAGGGUCAAAUCCCGUGUCAAUAGAUUCCACGGUAUUCGACACGCAGCCUUCUUUCAAAUCUCUCUGCAUAUCGCCCGAGAUGUCUGACACACCUGUAACGCCAGCCAAAAAACGAUCUUUGGAGGAAAGUGAGCUAUCUUUCACGAAUCUAGAGAUUUUCAAUGCUUCCAAACGCCACAAUGGAACUCCAAUCGCAGCAUUUCAUAGUACUUGCCACAUGAGUUCUAGACCCCUUCAGUCCCGCAACAUUCCACAAGCUGCUUCGCUCGGCCAGAGAAUCCCAUUAAAUAGCCUUCGUACUCACCAAUCCAAUCAUCAGACCGCAUUUUCUCCAAUUUCAAAUCAGUCCAGAGCUGCUUGCGCCGAUACCAAUGUUUCUCGCCAGGGUUCAUUCAUCGCAGCCCCGGAGGAAAUCAUCAAUCUCGACGACGAUGAAGAAGAUUUCCCUGCUUUUCAAAUCCCUCCCGGAGUUGAGGUCAUUGACCUAGACGAGUAUGAGAAAGAAAAUGAGCUUGAGGAAGAUAUAUUUGGCAUGGAGCAACAUGCUGGCGCCCAAAGCAACCUUCAACGUGCGUUUCUUGCCGACAGAAAUCCUGACAUCGUACCUCCCAAUGUAGAAAUUCAAUCACUGGCAUGGAAGUCUAGUCUUCUCAGACCAGAGAAAACAAUAGAGCUGAAGAACGGAACGUUCCUAAAGAUCAAAACAAUCGUCAAGAAUCUCGCAAGUGAUGAAAUUUCGAUCAAAGGGUGGAAACUCGUACGUACUCGAGAUGCUAUGCUUGGUGGCAUUGCGGGAAAGAAGAGGAAUGAGCUUGCAUUUAUUCAUGAGGUUGAUAGGGAUGACAAACGAGAUGUAUGGGAGCAAUCUGUACAGACGAUUCGAGUCGAUGAGGUUCUGAGGAUCCGCCGCUUGAUUUGUACCAAUAGACUUCUGCCGGAAUGUAGAUACAAUAAAGAAGACAUUCCUGUGGAGGUUCGAAGUAAAGAAGAGAAUGAGAUAUUGAAAUAUAUAGAGAAUGAGAUGGUAUUGGUGGCUAGAAGUGUUUUUGUGGCUAGAUACCCGAACGCAGAGGCGAGGGUAAGGAAAGGUGCGCUUGUGGAUAGACCUAGAGAAUCGGGAAUCCUGAGAUCUUUGCAUAAGGAAGAGUGUACGGAAAGUUAUUAUAUCGAUCCGGAUGAGAAAAAGAAGGGAUGGAGAGGAGAAACUAUUUUGGGCGGCUCAGGAAAUCUUGAAAAUGGGAGAAAUGCAUUCAACUUUAACUCUCAAUAUACAUACGGCGAUGGAUACUGCGGAGCAGGCGGUAUGACGCGCGGCGCUGCAUCAGCCGGUCUCAAAGUGAAAUGGGGCUUCGAUUUUAAUUCUCACGCAGGCGAGACAUGGCAAAAGAACUUCCCCGAUGCAAAAUUCCAUCUCUUGCCCGUCCACGAAUUCGCCGCUCUCCCUGAUCCACGCAAGAAACUCUGGGUCGACAUCCUCCACCUCUCUCCUCCUUGUCAAGUCUUCUCGCCAAUCCACACGUGUCCAGGACGCAAUGAUGAAAUGAACUAUGCGGCUCUCUUCGGAGUUAUGGCUGCGAUUGAAAAAGCUAGACCAAGAAUCGUGACUCUAGAACAAACUUUUGGGAUCCUGCAUCCAAAACAUAGAGAUCCUUUUAAUGGACUCAUCGCCUGUUUUACGAAUCUAGGUUUCGAUGUUUCGUGGAAGGUGGUGCGGUUUCAGGGAUAUGGAACGCCGAGUCGUAGAACUAGAUUGAUUAUUCUUGCAUCUUGUCCAGGCGAACCCCUCCCCCACAUGCCCCAAUACACCCACCACAACCCACACCAUCUCCGCCCCUCCCAAAACCCCUACCUCACACCCAACAAAGUCCUCUCCGCCAUCCUCCCCAACGCUCCCAACCACGAUCCGUCCAGCGAAAGACUCCACCGCGCAACCUACCUUCCCUGGGACGGCAACGUUAUCUGCCGAGCGAUCCUCACCAGCGGUGCCGGCGUCGGUCUCCCGAACGGCAGUCGCGGAAUGACGAACCGAGAAUUGGCCGCGCUGCAGGGAUUUCCGCUCAAACAUGUUUUUUACGGGUUGGAAAUUAAGAAACAGGUGGGUAAUGCGGUGCCGCCAAUUUUUGCGAGGAGGUUGUUGGAGAGUGUGAGGAGACAGUUGGAGAGGAGGGAUGAAUGGGUAAGGGCAGAGGGAAUUGUGCUUAGUUCUGAUGAGGAGUAG